AUGAUCUCCAGAACGUUUUUAAUAUGUUACAUUAUUCUGGUUGGUCGAGACGACGCAGUACCGACGAUGACCCAGACGAGAUUGGCCGACCUGGCGGCUUCUGGCACCGGGUACACGUACAAUCAGCAACAGGGAGUUCCGGUUUACUACGUGCAGUACACCAAUCACGGAAGUGGACCGCGCUACUAUACACCGGACACCGUGCACUACGUUCUCGGCGCUGCUGCACCUGUUGCGUCUGCUAUUCCUGAAACGACGUCGCUACGCCGACCCUACGCGAUCGUCGGGGACGCUCCGCGUUCUGUCGAGCAGACUCACCAAGAAACUGCCAAUUACGGCAAAGUGCAACAUUCGCCACGUGUGGUACACGUCGACGCGAAGGGUACGCGCCAAGAGGAGGACGGGGAUGUCGAGGAGGAUGACAGCGACGACGCUGAGAAAAAUCACGAAGAUAAUGAUGACGCUGGGCAGUCUGGACGUGGGCAGAAGUAUGAAGGUGAGGAACACGCGACGCACGGAGAAAAGGGACGGAAAGGGUACAAGAAAAGUGAGAAACAUAGUAACAGUGAGGAAGAUGUGAAGGAUGAGGGAGAAGAGCUAAGUUACCACGACGUCAAAGAUAAGAAUAAGAAGAACCACGUUGAUAAAGUCGAGGAGCAAGGUUCUCACGACGAAGCAGAAAAAAGUGUGGAGAGCAACGACUAUGGUCACUCGUCGUUCCAUAAGAAGGGUAACAAAACGAGUGGCUACCACAAUGUGUACCACAAGGAUGAAUACAAGAAGGAGUCCGAUUAUUACGACGAGGAUCAUAAGGAAGGACAUUUCGACAAGCACGAGGAAUUCAACAAGGGUUUCAAGAAGAUGGAGGGUGAUUUUAAGGAAGAUGAACAUCAUUCUUCAGGGAAGGAUCACAAGGAUCGUGGACAAAAAGGAUGGUUCCAGAAGGGACAUCGUGACAAUGAGGAUCAAGGUCAUCAGGUUGAAAAGGGGGAGAAAUCGUAUUUCGAUAAUGGAGAGCAUCAUGAUGUUGAAGAAGAUUCUAAGCUUAAUAAAGUACACAAAUCGCGUAAAGACUCCGAAACUGCCAAUUACGGCAAAGUGCAACAUUCGCCACGUGUGGUACACGUCGACGCGAAGGGUACGCGCCAAGAGGAGGACGGGGAUGUCGAGGAGGAUGACAGCGACGACGCUGAGAAAAAUCACGAAGAUAAUGAUGACGCUGGGCAGUCUGGACGUGGGCAGAAGUAUGAAGGUGAGGAACACGCGACGCACGGAGAAAAGGGACGGAAAGGGUACAAGAAAAGUGAGAAACAUAGUAACAGUGAGGAAGAUGUGAAGGAUGAGGGAGAAGAGCUAAGUUACCACGACGUCAAAGAUAAGAAUAAGAAGAACCACGUUGAUAAAGUCGAGGAGCAAGGUUCUCACGACGAAGCAGAAAAAAGUGUGGAGAGCAACGACUAUGGUCACUCGUCGUUCCAUAAGAAGGGUAACAAAACGAGUGGCUACCACAAUGUGUACCACAAGGAUGAAUACAAGAAGGAGUCCGAUUAUUACGACGAGGAUCAUAAGGAAGGACAUUUCGACAAGCACGAGGAAUUCAACAAGGGUUUCAAGAAGAUGGAGGGUGAUUUUAAGGAAGAUGAACAUCAUUCUUCAGGGAAGGAUCACAAGGAUCGUGGACAAAAAGGAUGGUUCCAGAAGGGACAUCGUGACAAUGAGGAUCAAGGUCAUCAGGUUGAAAAGGGGGAGAAAUCGUAUUUCGAUAAUGGAGAGCAUCAUGAUGUUGAAGAAGAUUCUAAGCUUAAUAAAGUACACAAAUCGCGUAAAGACUCCGGCAAACAAUGA